AUGUCUAAACGGACCGAUAGGGAGGGUGGUGGCGGUGCUAAGAAAACUAAUGCGUCCGUUGCGCGUGGCACUGGGCUGAAAAAAGUGGCGGCAAAGAAGGUCGCGCGCGGUCAAGAGAAGUCCGGCAGGAAGGCGGAAGACAACAGGAAGCAACCAACGCCACGCAAGGGUGUUUUGACAGUGAACAAAGAUGCGGAUGUUGCCUCAACUGGAACCACGCCCUGUCCGACUAAUGACGGCACCAGUGGCGGCAACGAACAUCCCGGGCGAGGGAGCGCGAGUCUUGCAGUCUCGUCGGCGAAGAGAGAGGGAUCCGCGACAAGGGGAAACCACGGAGGCGAUCCCCGCACCGAGCAUACCGCAACUAAGGAGUCCGAGGCAGAGGCAUCUCAACACCAUCUGACGCUGCUCCAGCCGACCGUGGUGGAAAUUUCAGCUGCCGUGCUGGAUAAGGACAAGGUGGGGGAGCAUGAGUCGAUGGAGGAUCCUAACAACGGCAUAGCCGACGUCGGUGGCUCUCCUCCUUCUUGUGGACGGGGGAGACGUAGGCAGAGGAAGAGCGAUGAGGAGGACGAUUAUGAGGAGGACAUCACCACGCGGACGAAGAGGCGGCAGACGACAAGCAGUGCAGACGACGCCGGUGCAAGAAAAACAUCCGGCGGAAGGAGGGGCAAGAAAGCAGCGAUGAGGAAGAGGCCGAAACGGGGUGGUGAAGACCCUGGUGAGGCCGAGGAGGAGGAUGAUGAGGAGGAGGAUGCGGAGGAAGAGGAGGAUGAAGAGGAUGCGGAGGAGGAUGACGUGGAUGUUGGGGAGGAUGAAAAAGAUGAGAAUGAUGGCGGGGAGGACGAAGAAGAGGAGGAGGAGGACGAGGAGGGCGGCGACGAUGAUGAUGAGGAGGAGGAAGAUGAGGAGGAGGAUAAGGAGGAGGAGGAGGAGGAGGAGGAGGAGGAGGAGGAGGAGGAGGAGGAGGAGGAGGAGGAGGAGGAGGAUGAUGAUGAUGAGGAGGAGGAGGAGGAGGAGGAGGAGGAGGAGGAGGAGGAGGAGGAGGAGGAGGAGGAGGAGGAGGAGGAGGAGAAGGAGGAGGAAGAGGAGGAGAAGGAAGAGGAGAAGGAGGAGGAAGAGCAGGGGGACAACGAAGAGGCGGAUGAAAAGGAGGAAGAGGAGGAAGAGGAGGAGGAGGAGGAGGAGGAGGAGGAGGAGGAGGAGGAGGAGGAGGAGGAGGAGGAGGAGGAGGAGGAGGAGGAAGAGGAGGAGGAGGAGGAGGAGGAGGAGGACGUGGCGGCAGUGAAGGGACGGGGUGGGCGUGGCAGACGGCAGAGUGGUACAGGGAAGGUGGGGGGCCGGACUCACCAUUCCCGAAAACACGUGGCAGUUGACGCCGCGAGCGGCGCAAACCGAAGGCGCGUAAGGUGA